AUGAGCCUGCCCCUGGCUCUGCUGGUCCUGUCCGCUCUCGGGGUCGCCGCCGGUGGGGCGGGCCGGGAGGCGGAGGAGGCGGUGCAGUCGGGCAGGUUCUCGACGUCGGAGCAGCACCGCUGCAUCUGGGAGCUGCACUCAGCGGCGGGGGCCAGCGAGUUACGGCUGAGGUGCCGGCCGCCGAUGGGCGGCGGGGCGGCGCGGAGCUGCGCUUACCGCGGGGAGCCGCAGCGCUGCCCCGCUUACGGCGCCCGCAGCAGGCAGUACUGGCGGCAGAUCCUGGGCCGGCUGCGGCGACGGCAGCACCCCUGCACCCCGGGCAGCCCGCUUAGCGCCCGCCUCUGCGGCCCGGGCCGAGGCCCGCCCGAGGCGCAGCUCCGGCUGCUACCUGGUCCCGGCUCUGGGUCUUCCCCGCCGGCCACCACCGCGGAGGCCACGACAGACCCAACAGAGACCUACUGUGCCGAGCGGUGGCACUCUCUUUGUAGCUUCUUCGUCGGCUUCUGGGAGGGUUGA